GGAGAGUGCAAAGUUUACUCUCUUUUCAAAGUUUGCGCGCUAUUUAAGCGUCGACUAUUGGAAUCGACUAAGAAAGGGAAGGAAAACAGAGAUAAAUGGUAGAGAAAGUCCAGCAUUAUCUCGAAGCUUUCUAUUCUAAGUGAAAAGUCAUAUACCUGUAUAUUGGAUAUUGUUGGGUUGAUUUAGUUUGUUGGAGCGACAUUCGGUUCUUCUUGGUUGUUCUCACGCCUAACGUUUGAAAUGGAUUGUGUGCUUGAUAAAUUGGUUGAGGAGUCUGAGAAACUCCUCAUGGAAGUCCAAGAUGACAAUGAUUUGCCUCAUAUCACACGAAAUCUGGUACAAAUACAGCACAUGGGUGAAAGACUUUGUCCAUCGAGGGGAUCUGGCACUGAAGUAAAAGCUGCUCGUCUCUUGGGUCCGAAAAUGAGUUACGAGCUACCUCAGAAAUUAACCUGUAAAUUGGAAGCCUUGGUACCUGCCAACGUAUAUGAAACUGUCUCCCGAAUUCCGGAAUCCGAUAUCCAGUCAUUUCUUAAGUCGGAAAGGGAGAACGUACUUCUCAGCGCACUUCUUAUGACCAGGAAAUCCAUGUUUGAAGAGGUAGAGGAACGUUGCGAGGCUUAUUUGCAAAGCUGGUGGGAACAAGUGGCCAAUGGAGUAUUGAGUAGUUUGUCCGGUUCGAUCGCACAUGCAGACACUGAAUUUAUAUGUACGCCUGAUUUAGAAAACUACAAUCAACCAAAUUUACUGGAUCAAAGAAAAACUUUAAAUCUAACACAUGAUGAACUAAUAUACGCAAACCAGCUGGACUAUUACCUUUCUCUACACCUCACAACUUCUACUGACUUUACUUCUUUUCAAAAUGGGGUUCCCCGCGAUCUACUAACCUGUCUGUCAAUGUAUCAUGACUCUCUUUCUCGCGAGAAGCAGAUCAAAUUGCGCUUGAAAACUUACCAAUCAGAUGUCACAGAAAUGUGGUGUCUCGUGAAAAGGAUUGCUCACUGCAUGCGCAAUGAAUAUGGUAAUAUGUUGUCAUGUGAUCGUCCAUUGGAAACUAGAGCGUCUUUGUCUGUUCAGAAUUCUCUAUCACUGUGUUCUUUAGAACAUCUAGAAUUCGAGUUUCUAGAAUUUGUAAAGCUAACAGUAGCUGAGCAGCCUCGAUUAGCCCAACUUGGUGGACGUCCAGGAACGCGGUCGUUGAUACGUGCAUAUCUAAGUCUUCGCUUGUCGUCAAAAAACUUAUCAAAUGAUUCGCAUCAGUCAUCCGGACAGAAAGAUUGGGAAUUCGAUGAUGGUCUUGUGGACGGAAUGCCUGUUUGGCCUAUGCUUUUCUACUGUCUACGCGCUGGGGAUAAACGUGUUGCCUUGGAAAUUGCUCUUGAAGCACUGAAUAAUCUGGGAAACUUUGUAAGCGUUCUUGAAGAUUACGUGAACAACAAUCGGCGUCUUCGAACUCCUAAUCAGGCAAGAUUUCGACAGAUAUCCAAGCAGGUGGUCAAGUCUACACGUGAUCCUUAUAAACGAUUAGUAUAUUCCAUUCUUGGAAAUUGUGAUCUCAGUGAUAAUCAUUCAGAUGUUGUUUCAAACAUUGAUGACUUUUUGUGGAUCAAGAUAUCUCAAGUUAUUGCACAAGAUCCAGAAGAAUCAACAGUUACAUCAAGGAGUAAUGCUGAUGAUACCCUGACUUUGGGACAGCUGCAAACUUUACUAUAUGAAACUUACGGUGAAGCGCAUUUCGACGCAUGGUCUCAGCCAUUCGUCUAUUUCAAAAUUUUAUUUCUUACACAACAAUAUGAGGCCGCUAUUGGAUUUCUUAGUCGUUUUGAGCAAUUCCGGUGUCAUGCAGUUCAUAUUGCUUUGGCCCUGAAGGACCUACAUAUGCUGUUAAUUCCCAAUAGCAUUCAGUCAUCGCUUGUGAGUUGCGAUGAUUGUGACCCUAAAGGAUUACGGCGACUAAAUUUGGUUCGUUUAAUUAUGUUGUAUACGAGAAAAUUUGAAGUCACGGAACCAGAGAAAGCACUCAUGUACUAUUAUAUGCUUACCGACAUCCCAAAUACUGCUGAGAAGUCACUCGAAGAAGAAUCCAAUACAUCUAUUAUCAGUGGUUUACAUAACAUGUCUUUUGACCGUGUCACCCUCAGAAGUCAAAAUUUGUUUGUUCGAUGUGUGUGUGAAUUGGCUUUGGCUACUAAAGAACUAGAUUUAAUUUUAGGCUCUGUGGGCGAAAAUAAUACUCGUAAAGUGAGUUUAGAGUCACUUAGACUCAUUUUUAUUUCUUACUGAGGUCCUUAUUGAUUCUACCAUAACUUAUGCAACUACUGGUAUGCGUGUUAUUAUUAUUAUUAUCAUCAUCAUUAUUAUACGCCAAAAAGUAUGUAAACGUAUUUUGGGUUCAAUAAUCACGUAACAUUAAACAGCAGCUGAAGCUCAACACACAUGAUGAAGUAAAGAACACUUGAGACCUAGCCGUGAGUUUGGCGAUCGGAUGAUCGCUGGAGAUCCCUUAGUCGAUUUUGAAUAGGCGAAUCCAGUCUUAUUGAUCGAAGAAGUAACAGUAGCUUGUACAAGACAUGGUAUAAAUCUGUGGUGUCCUUGAUGGUAUGUUGCGCGACAGAGAUAUACAUGCCCUCAGUAUAGUACCAGGUAGAGAGAUAGAGAGAGGGGGGUCGGAAACGAAUGAUUGUGUGCUCGAUAUUAUCAGGCUCAGAAUAUGCUAUAAUGUUUCAGAUACUUUCACAGUUCAGUUUUGCAUCCAAUGCAACACCUAUUUUCAGCAUCUGUCUAGUGGUAAAUUACGUUUGUUUUGUGACAGUUCUAUUUGCCGAUAAUUUGUUUGUUUUAUUUGACAUGUAGUUAGGAGGAAUUGAGCUCACUUCAAUAGAAAAUAUGCGUUGAAUUUUAUCCUUGCAGUCACAUACACUGAUAAGCGUGGAAUGCUGUUCAGUUUUUGUUACAUUCGAAGAACACAGACAGAGAUGGACAAAUACACAUUAAUACUCCAAUGGAUGGGUACAUGUGUGGUAGGAAAGAGAAUUACUAAGUAAAGAUUAGCGAAAUGCCUCAGGAAUUCGGAAGUGAAUAAUUUACUUGUCUAUUUUUGCUUAUCACUGUACCUCAGUCUUAUUUACUGUGUUAGCUCCCCGCUAGCGACAUACCGGAAAAGCUAUCUGAUGUUUCGCUUCCUACAGUUGUGUAUCACAAGCGUAAAGUAUGAUAGAGUAGAGUGGUGUGUUAAGUCUUAGCAUAGAAUUCCUUAAGAGUGCAGUUUACUGUACCAGCAAUCUGCAAAUGAGAGGUCCAUGGAUCUAGACUAAAGUUCAGUUCUUGAGAACAGACUGUCUCUUACCGUCUAUUGGAAAGAGUGAUUCGAGUAAAUUAGGGUGAAAAUGCUGUUCACUGUUUUAUCAGAAGUGAUAAGUCUUGAUAGGAAGACUUCUCGGUCGGUUGGUUGGAUUGGUGGGGCGUGUUAGUUCAGUGACUACUUGAUGCUGUGCUCCUAGCUAGACAGAUAAUAAAAAAUUAGUAAUAUAUUGGUCAAGUUCGACUUAGAUUUAGUUUCCAGGCUGCCAAUAACAAACAAUGGAGUUACUAACGGAAUAUGCAUACCACGAGAUCCCUCUAGUUUUGUGAGCUGCAACUUUCCCUGUUGUGUUUUGCUACUGUUUAAGAGUUGCAGACUAGUAGUAAUGAGGCUCUCUUCACUUAGUACAUAGAAAAAAGUAGCGUUGUUAAGUGUGAGAUCUGUACAAGCUUAGUUAGUGGAGAAUUCCAGUUAGUAUGGCUGGUAUGUAAGAUUCUAGCACGUUUCUGAUUUACUCUAAUAACCCAUUUUGUUAAGUACUUCCGGCAGAACAGUCCCGAAAUAUGAAUAUCAACCUAAAUUGCAUUUUGAACGCAAGGCUACAGGGGCAAAUUGGAUGUAUAACAAAGACAUAAGAAGUCUACUUCCCAACUGUUGUGAGGUCAAUGGGUCAUCCGAGUUGAAAUCACGAAUGAUGACAUUUUCGUCGUUUUCAUUCUGUACUGAGGAAUUGUUUACUGUGCUACAUCGUUUCUAACUCUUUAUACGGAACAUUUCGUUUUUGAGUUUCUCAUUGCUAAUUGCUCCUCGGAGCAUUCUACCUAUGUGAUUGCUUUUGUUUCCCAGUUGCCCUCGUCAUAUGUAGAUGUAAUAUCAUUUCAGCGUUUGGAUUGUGAUG